ACCCGGAAGUGGGCUAAUUCGUUGACUAGCGCACUGAGCUAACUCACUUCGUAUGCUACUGGAAGACAUGGGGGCUGUGUUUAACAGCCAACACUGACAGCACCUGCUUCUGGAAGUCCGCACACUGUCGGGAGAACACUUGACUGCUAUUUUCAUCCAACGGUGCCAGGUCAGGCCUGAACAUGGAGUCCAUGCUGAACAAGCUAAAAAGCACUGUCACUAAAGUGACAGCAGAUGUCACCAGCGCCGUCAUGGGCAACCCGGUGACACGUGAGUUUGAGGUUGGACGACAUAUCGCCAGUGGGGGUCCUGGCCUGUGCUGGAGAAUCUACAAUGGCACCAAGAAGUCCACCAAGCAGGAAGUGGCAGUGUUUGUGUUUGAUAAGAAGAUGGUCGACAAGUAUCAGAAGUUUGAGAAGGACCAAAUCAUUGAUUCGCUGAAAAAAGGAGUGCAACAGCUGACCAGACUGCGUCACCCGCGUCUCCUGACUGUGCAGCAUCCUCUGGAAGAGUCACGAGACUGCCUGGCAUUCUGUACAGAGCCGGUGUUUGCGAGCCUGUCCAAUGUGCUGGGCCAGUGGGACAACCUGCCCUGCCCCGUGCCCAACGACAUCAAGGAGUACAAGCUCUUCGACGUGGAGAUCAAAUAUGGCUUGCUACAGAUGUCUGAGGGAAUGGCCUUUCUCCACAGUGGGGUGAAAAUGGUUCAUGGAAACCUGUGUCUAGAGAACAUCAUCCUCAACAAGAGUGGCGCAUGGAAGAUCAUGGGCUUUGACUUUAGCAUCUCCUCCACGAACCCCACAGAAGCUGAGCCUAAGUACACGUGUAAAGAAUGGGAGCCCAACCUUCCGCCCCUCUGCCUCCCCAACCCUGAAUACCUGGCCCCUGAGUAUAUCCUGUCCGUCAGCUGCGACUCUGCCUCUGACAUGUACUCGCUGGGUGUUGUCAUGCACGCUAUCUUCAACGAGGGCAAGCCUGUUUUCCAAGUCAGCAAACAUGACAUAUUUAAGAGCUUCAGCAGGCAGCUGGACCAGCUGAGCACCAUGAGUCCAGCUGUGCUAAACAAAAUCCCAGAGGAUGUGCGGGAGCACGUCAAAAUGCUGCUAAGUGUCACGCCCAACGUCCGUCCUGAUGCUGACCAGAUGACCAAGAUGCCAUUUUUUGACGACGUGGGUGCCGUGACUCUUCAGUACUUUGACUCCCUCUUCCAAAGAGACAACCUUCAGAAGUCUCAGUUCUUUAAAGGCCUCCCCAAAGUGCUGCCCAAACUGCCUAAGAGAGUGGUGGUUUAUCGAAUCUUGCCGGCGUUGACCUCCGAGUUUGUCAACCCGGACAUGGUUCCCUUUGUGCUGCCUAACGUGCUGCUGAUCGCCGAGGACUGCACGAAGGAGGAGUACGUCCGUCUCAUCUUGCCUGACCUCACGCCCGUUUUCAAGCAGCAAGAGCCAGUUCAGGCUAGUAAUAUGAUCCUGCUGAUCUUCCUGCAGAAGAUGGACCUGCUGCUGACCAAAACACCCGAAGGGGACAUCAAGAACAGUGUGUUGCCUAUGGUCUACAGGGCUCUGGAAGCUCCCUCUGUACAGAUCCAGGAGCUGUGCCUGAACAUCAUUCCGACGUUUGCCAACCUGAUUGACUACCCGUCCAUGAAGAACUCCCUCAUCCCCAAAAUCAAAUCGGCCUGCCUCCAGACCUCCUCAUUAGCUGUGCGAGUGAACUCUCUGGUGUGUCUGGGGAAAAUCCUGGAGUAUCUCGACAAGUGGUUUGUCAUCGACGAGAUCCUGCCCUUCCUGCAACAGAUCCCCUCAAGAGAACCAGCAGUCCUCAUGGGCAUUCUGGGAAUCUACAAAUGCACGUACAGCCACAAGAAGCUGGGCAUUCCCAAAGAGAACCUCGCUUCCAAGACCCUGCCCCACCUGGUCUCUCUGAGUAUAGACAACAACCUCAACCUGAAUCAGUUUAACUCAUUCAUGGUGGUUAUACGGGACAUGCUGAGUCGCAUGGAGGCUGAGCACAAGACCAAGCUGGAGCAGCUGCACAUCAUGCAGGAGCAGCAGAGGAGCAUAAACAUUACAAACUCAGGGAACCAAUCAGAGGAAACCAAGAGCCCACCAAGCUCUGGCAGCCAGAUUGAUGAUAUCUUCGGCAGCACGGGGGUUAACGGGAAAGAGAACGGGUCUGCGGCGACCGCCUCGCAGCCUAAUCGAAUGUCGCUGACUUUAGAGGAGAAACAGAGGUUGGCCAAGGAGCAGGAGCAAGCAGUCAAACUGAGGAACCAGCAACCGUUAGCACCACAGACGAUCAAACCGGCCGCCUCCACCAACUCUCAGACUAAGGAUCUGACCAGUAGCCUUCUCAGCAGCAUGACAUCCCUAAACAACCUAUCCAUGGCCAACACUGCACGACCAGCUCCGGCGCAGGGCACCACCAUCGCUGCCUUCCCCACCUCCGGCCCCAUGGUUGGCUCUAUGGGCGCCCCAGUCUCCAAUGGCUUCAAUCCACCCAUGGGCUUCCAGGCGGCGGGCAUGGGGAUGGGCAUGCGGGCCGCUGGCCCCGGCCUCUACGGCGGCAUGGCCACCACCAGCAGCACGCCAAACUUUGGCACAAUCUCACAGAACCACGCGUCCGUGGGACAGACACACAGAGCCCCGGACAUGUCGGCCUUGGACAAUCUUUUUACAUCCAGCAAACCCAAAGUCACCCUCAACCAACUGGGUCCCGCAGCGACGCCUGGAGCCAAUUCCCCGUGGCUCAGUCAGUAUGGUUCAGGCCAGAACCCUCAGACUCAGAUGCAGGGGGUGGGAGGGGCGCCCGCCGCUGGGUUUGGGAUGCAAGCGAACCCCUUUUUCAGCCCGCAGAACUUUUCCCAACCUGCCGCGGCCCCCCCGAAUAUGAAACACGGCGCGUCCGUCAACAGUGACCUGAAAGACUUGUUUGGCUAAGUCGAACUAAAAAGACGCCAGUUUCAUGUCUGUUGUUUUAAUACCUUUUGGACAGAAGAGCCUCGAGUUCUCACAGAAAGAAAAGAUUUAUUGAAUGUGAAGAUGUGAAAAAUCCUUUCAACGAUUGUCGCCGUCUGUGUUUUUAAAUCGGGUUCAAAAUUUGACUCUCGCUCACAUUCUGCUGCACUUAUAUUUCCGUAUUUCCAUAUUUCCAUCUGCGAUUAACCGGAGAGACAGAAAUGUUUGCGUCUGGAACUUCUUCUAUACUGUGUUCUUUUAAAUGCUGGGCGUUUCCCUAUCUGAACGUAGUAUCUCUUAUCCUUGCAGCAAGAUUAUUUCUUGGGUUUGUUCUUAGUUAAACAAAUAGUUUUGAUAGUUUUUUUUUUUUCCCCCUUAACCCUCAAAAGUUAUGUUUUUCCGUGGACGUCGACGUGACUAUGAUUGUUCAGCCCUAAUCCGAACAGAUUUGCUUGAAAACAAAACAAAUAACAGCAUACACCAAAACAAAGGUGGACAGCGAAGCGGACGACCCCUCUGCAGUCCGUCUCCAUGGUAACUGUGUCUCUAAAUCUGUUUGUCGCUCGUUUUCCAUUGCGAUAUUAUAGACUGUGCAUACAAAGGUUUGAAAUUUGAACGCAGUCUCCGGGUUAGAAAAUGGAAGCGACCAGGCUUGCUGUUAGAAAGAUACCAGUUGUCAGUCGUGCUCGUAUCUGCUGUUUUUCGUCUUCUGCUUUGCUCUAAAUGGGGACACGUCUUACAAAAGUGGACACGUUUGAUGGAGAAAAGCUGGAACUUGGAGAAUGAGACCAUCAUUUCCUCAGGAAAAUGUCGGCGGACAUUUAUAAAUCAAGUGGGAAGAGGAAGAAGAAGCUUAUUUUCCCGUAGACUUCCAUUCAAACUUCACUGUUCUUUUUUUCAGCAGAGUCGCCCCCUGGUGGCUAUUUCUGUAUUCUUACGUCCAGAUUCUCCUGGAAAAGUUGCGAAGUAGAAGACUAUGAAGACUAAUGUUUUACAUCUGUCUGUUUAGGAAGUCUAUGGUAAAAAGAAAAAAAACGGCGAAAAUGUGAUAUUUGCAUAGUUCACGGACCUGCGCGUUGCUCAAGGACUCUAUGGCGCCCUCCCCCCCCCCAAGGUGAAAACAGAGGCAAAAUUGAAUUUGACCGAAUUUUGCGAAACUUGGUGGGAAGGUGUUAUAGACCAAGACGAACAAAAAAGUCGAUCGCAACCAUGGCCACAACGCAACGGGAAGUCAGCCAUUUGGGAUUUUGGCGAUUUGCACCCUAUGUAAAUGAGCAAACUCGUCCAAACGCGUUUGUCGUACAUAAAAAAAAAAAUAAUUUCAGAAAUAAUUCCAGUUUCAGAAAGUGACGCCGGUCAGUUCGCAAAUCUCAAUGCUGAACAACAGGAAUUGAUUUCGCAGCCUUGUUUGACGUUUAAGCGACAGUUUGUUGACCUUUUCUAAAGAUGCAGUAUGAGUGACUUGCGUGGCUGAUGGUGGGUUAGAAUGUGUGGGGAAUUCUGUCCGUGCCGAGAUGCUGACAGCGAUACGGCGGGCGGAGAAACGUUUGCAUGUCGUCGCCGUUUCUGUUGGAAGGAGAUCUUUUGUUUUCAUUUCAGCACCUUUCUUUCGGCUGUCACGGGGACCAGCGCUGGCAACACAUUGUGAAGUGUAAAUAUUUAGUCUGUUUAUUUAAAUUCUAUUGCCCUGUGAGGACCUGUGCAUUUGUUUUUUUACAAUGUUCUGGCGACAAUGGUUAAGAGGCCUUAGGUGAGUCAUGUGCAAUAAUCCUUGUUGGUAGAUUUUGAUUGGCAUCCCUUCAUCUCCGCUAACCUACGGAAACUUUAUACGUCUUGCUGAUUUUUGACAAGUUUAACGUCUUUUAUUGGUCCUUCGUCUUCAGCAGCAUGGCUGUGUUAAGCUUUUGUCAUGUUGCAGUUUUUGGUCAUACAGGAAACCAUGUAAUCUGGUCAUUAUUGUUCGUAGAUCAACGCGCACCGUUGCACAUUUUAAUUUUCUUUGGAGUACAGUACCCUGGCAGAACCCCAAAGCAGAAAACAAAAUUCUUAUUCUUCUACAGACUUGUUUGUAUACUACUUCUGUCUUCUGUGUGUUGUGUGUGUGGCCUGUGUUUUGUGUGUUGAGGUGCUCGUCUCUGCAGGGGGUUGAAUCUGUACAUAUAAAGCAAAGUACACAAUCUAA